CAAAAACUCUCCCCGGACCUCCAAAAACACCUCGACGACAAUGAAACCUUCUGGGAGACCGUCGCGGACGGCAACGCCGGCGAAUCCACCGAGUCCAACGUCCGCUACGCCGCCUACGCCUCCCGGCUCCGCACGAUCAUGCUCUCCGCGCACCGCUACGUAGCUUACACCUCAGAUAUCGGCGAGUCCUUCCGUCCCGUCGCGCAUCCGAACUGGGUGCGCGCGGCGUACGGUGUGUCGUGGGCAUAUCUCAUCGGAGACGUGAGUCAUGAGGGAUAUAAAGCGUGGAAACACAAUCAGCGGAUCGUGAAGCCGGAGACGGACGAGGAUAAAGCGAUUUCAGUGGCGCAUGCGGGGAAAGUACCCGCGAUUGAGGACUAUAGGACGGUCGCGGUGCAGCGGGCGAUUUUCCAGGGAUUGGCGUCGAUGGGCCUGCCGGCGUUUACGAUUCAUAGUAUUGUGAGGUACUCCGGCAGGGCGAUGAAGGAUGUUAAGAAUGUCAAGUUGAGGACGUGGGGACCGAUAGGGUUGGGUCUGGCUGCGGUUCCGGCGUUGCCGUAUAUGUUUGAUGAGCCGGUGGAGCAUGCGACGGAGUGGGUGUUCCACAAGGCGUUUGAGGCUGUGGGUGGGCCGGCGGCAGUUGGG